AUGGCUUCCUCUGCGUCCCACCUCCUCCUCCUCGCCAUGGCGGUCCUCCUCGCCGCCGCCGCGCCAAGCGUGGACGCGUGGGGCGGCCGCCUCUUCUUCAGCAAGAUGACGCGCCCCGAAACCGUGGACAGGGCGGCGGACGCCACCACCACCGCGGGGACGACGGAAGCGCUCGACGCCAACAGCGCGCCGGCGGCAUUCUCGUCGCGGCCGUCCAGCGGCGGCAGCAACCGCGGGUACGGCCUCUACGGCCGCCCCGAGGAGAACGAGAGGUACCCGCCGGCCUACUUCCGCCGCGGCGUGCACCACGACGCCGAGAAGCGGACGACCACCAACACCAACGUCGUGCCGGAGGCCGCGGCGGCUGUCCCGGUGCAAGAACAAGAAGAAGAAUCGUCGGGCGAGAAGGAGGAGCCGGCGUUCCCCGAGAACGGCAGCGGCAGGGGGCGACCGCUGUCGUACAUGCGCCACGGCGGCAAGGGCAAGCGCGGCGACUACGGAAUGAGCGACACGAGGCUGUACCAGAACGGCCGCUACUACUACGACGUGGAGGCCGACAGGUACGGCUACGGCCGCGAGUCCAACCCGGUGCGGACGCGCCCCGAGCACGAGGACAACGGCUCCGGGUACGGGCGCCCCGGCGGCGAGAGGCGGUCGGGGAGGUACGGCAACAACGAGCAGAACGACGACGGCUUCGAGGAAGACCAGAACGACCAGUACAAUCCGUGAGCGAGACAAGGCACGUGCGUACGUUUCCGCUUGCGAUCAUCGUAUACGUUGUGUGAUACUAUAUUGCUGGUUAAGAACUGUACCUAAUUGCAUC